CCGCGGUGUACAGAGUGGAAGGUGGCCGGCGGUGCAAACGGCUUUUCGUUAUGGAGUUUGAUCCCACGAUGCAGGAGGGGCUGCGGAACAGCAGCGCCCGUUUCAUGGCAUCCAUGACCCGCAUCAUUGAAGAGUAUAGUCAUCCCUUCAGGGAUGACGUACUGAUUUCCAUCGACUCUUUGACGUACGAUACACCUGAGGGACCUAAACGAUGGGAACUUAUGUCAAGGAAAGAUGUUAAAACCUGGAAGAAAGGAUUUACGCGUAUUAGUCGAAGGCCGAGGAGCUCAGGUAGUGUUUUUUUUAAAAAAAAUCUUUUGCAAAAUGUCUUAAUAUUUUAUGUCAUUCAUCUAAAAAGCUUUUAUUUGGAGCAUAAGAGGACAAAGCAGAGCCUAGCACCAGUCUUCCUCCACAGCACUGCCAAAAUCUUGUCCAUACAGUGGUCAGAUCCAGGCUUUGAAUCAGCCUAAGAAAUGCCAAUGUAGAGAUGGAAAAUAAGGGUCUGGUACAAAAAGUUUCAGAUGGUCCUGACCUUUACUUCCUGUUCUAUUUGGCUAAUGAGGCAAAGUCAUUCAAAAAUGUGGCUAUAGUCUCUGAUAAAACAUGGAUAGAAAGUUAGAUAUUGUUUCAAAGAUACUGUAUUUAAAGUUAUUUAGAAUAAAUAUUUUGCUAAUCUUUAGAAAUCUACUUCAUGGUCUGGAUAUCCUAGAGGCUCUUCCAGAAAGGAGUUUGCAUGGUUGUCUUAAAUGCUAGAAAGUCUUGAUCUGUUUAAUUUUAAAUGUAGUGUACUCCAUUUCAGAUGACCUAGAAAGGCAGAAAAAUGGGUAAUAUGUGUUUUUGCAGCUUCUGAUGUUACUUGAAAAAAGUAUUACUUUAUU